UGCGCGGGGCGGGGUUGUUCGGAGAUAUUCGCGUAGCGAAAACGGAGUCGUGCCCAGUCUGCAAGUGAGCCUGGACAGAGACGCCCGUGACGCCAUGGAAGGGUAAACUGAGGCCAUGGAGAAAAGCGCCUGCAGCCCUAGCGAGGACGAGGCUCCUGGUACGGAGGAAGUUGACAGUCCGUGAAGGGAUCGGCAGGUGGACAGACCACCGCAGUGCCGCGAUCGCACUGUCAGGCGGGUCCGUGAUCGACGCUGACGGAGGCAGGACGGCCGCGGUGCAGACCUUACAGCGCGGGGCGGAACUCCACCUGGUUAGCCCGACACGCGGAAGCGAUCGAGGCUGCGCAGGGGUGCGGGUACGCGCCCAUCUUCAGCAGAACCGCGUGUAACUAUUUGGAGGCGUGGCCAGGCCUGGCAGGGGACCAAUCGUGGCGUGAGGAUUAUAAUUGACGGAGACCAGGCCCAUUCCGCGCUGGUCGCCAGACUCGGGAGGUAGUCCCGAAAGGGACCGGUGCGCUGGCUGCGGGACGCAUCUCCUCCAGGGCGAGACUUCGGGGUAGGGUGGGGCCUCUAGAGCAGGUUUAAAUUAACCCAGCUGCAGCCUGGGAGCCGCUCGUCCGGAGGCGGGUCCGGGGGCGGGCCCUGGCGGCGGAGGGUUGAGCCUGCGCGGCGGCCUGGGGCCAUGUCUGCGCCGCCGCCUCUGCAGAUCCGAGAGGCGAACGCGCACCUGGCGGCCGUGCACCGACGCGCGGCGGAGCUGGAGAGGCGGCUGCUGGCGGCGGAGCGCACGGUGCGUGCGCAGGCCGAGCGCCUGGCCUGCCAUGACCAGCAGCUGCGCGCGGCCCUGGACGAGCUGGCUCGCGCCAAGGACCGGGAGAUUUUGGACCUCCAAGAGCAGCUGCUGAGCUCUGAGGCCACAGUUCGAAGCCUGCAGGCUGCAGUGGACCAGAGGGACCAGAUGAUCCAGCAGCUACAGCCUCGGGCUGACCUGCUGCAGGACAUUGCUCGGCAGCGACCACCCCUGGCCACACUGCUGGCCACCCUGGAGGAGGCAGAGGAACUGGGCCCCUUGCCGGCCAGCCACAGCCAUGGCGCCCAGCUCCUCCCUGAUGGGCCUGGCCCACCCCUGAGCAACAAUGUGGGGAAGGAGGAGGGCCAGGACCACCAGCAGCCUGCUGUGUUUGGGACCACUGUAUGAGCUGCCCUGACCUGUAUGACCUGCCCUGAAUCUGUGGUCAAGACCCCUUGGGAAUUCCUCUCUUAAGAGUCCUGGACAUCAUGAGUGUCCUAGAGGGGUCUUGAGACAUUACCAGGAUCUCAUCUAAACAUCAAAAUGAGUGAAAAAUCAAGAUCUCAUUUAAAACACCCACCCCACCCUCCAGGACUGGAGUAUCUGCUACUUUCCACUGAUUUUAAAUAGUUUCAAAAACAAAUGAAAGCAAGGGCAGUAACUCAGUAGGUGGAGCAUUCUCCACCAUGCAUGCACAAAGCCCAAAGACAGGCACCCUAGCAUCAGUAAGAUGGUGGGGACUGACCCUCUGUUUCCAGGUCUGACUCUGAAGCCACAGUGUUUCCUCUUUGGCUUGCUGUCUCAGAAGUGCGCAUGGAUCUCGGCUAGGUUGGCAGGCUCCCACCACAGGCCCUGGCUGUAGGGAGUUUGCUUGUAGUUUUGCUUGAAAUGGGGUUUCUCUCUAUAACCCAGGCUUCCCUUGAAUCCUUCCAAGUACUUCGACUAUAGAUGUGAACCACCAUGCCCUUCUGAUAGGAGUCCACCCUCCUUUUCUCACUCACUCUGUACCUCCUGAACCAUUCCUCAUCCCAGGUGGAAUCUCCUCUGUUUUAUGAUCCGUUGGUUUUGUGUGAGAAGACACAUCAUUAGCCUUAAAUCUCUUUUGCAUAGCUCUACCCUUCCUUCUAGGAAGAACGGGUAGGUUAAGACACCACAACCAAGAGUGCCUUAGCUUGUGUGCUGUCUGUUCCCUCUGCCUCUGGCUUUCCCUGCUUCCAGACUCAGUUCCUCGACACUCAGGUCUCUCUCAAAUGCCCUCUUCUGGGGGGGGGGGGGGGGGGGCUCAAACCAGCAUCUGUGAAGGAACUCCUGCCAGCUGGUCACUGUCCUGUACUGUGUAUUGUUUGGUUCAGUUUUUCUGAAGCUUAGUCCUGUGUAGCCCAGGCUAGCCUCUAAACUUUUUAUGUAGCUUAGGCUGGCUUUGAACUUUUGAUCCUCCUGCUUCAGUAUCUCCAGUGCUAGUAUGAUAGGCUUGUGCAACCACCUACACCCCAUCCUGGGACCACCUUUUCAGUGGAGAGGCAGUGACUAUGAUGCAGGGAAUUUAUUUUGUCUUCCGUCUCCAUCAGUGCCUAGCACAGCCCGAGAGGCCCUGCUUUAGCCAGUAGCCUCCUGGAUAUCUGAUGAGUCCUUUCCUGGUUUCCAGGGACAACAGUGUUUUUGUAGCAAGCCUCCUUUUAAAUACUCUAAGAGAAUCUAUUUUUUAAAUCCUGGUUUCUAUGCUGUCUAGAGCCUCAGAUGGUGAGGGUAAUUGGCUUUGUUAGAGCAGUGAGAAGAGGGGUCCUCACAUACCCUUCCACCCAGAGGUGGUGUCUGUUGAGUUUCAUGGUCCCUGUACUCAGGGAAAUUGUCCUUGAGCAGCCACAAAAUAGAAGGUAGGGGCUGUUCCAAACAGAAGGGCCUCCAGCCAUCUAGUCUGCCCAGAGUCUGACAGGGACCCUCUGUGUGGGAGACAGAGGCCUGUUUUUUCUUGGGGAUGGAGAAGAGAAGGCAGGCUAGGGCCUGUCUGCACCAGAAUAAAUUGGAUAUUUCUCA